AUGGCUUUCUCCUCAACAUUCGCUGCCGAAUCUGCCUUUCCCGAUUCCGUAUGGAUCGAACGUCUCAGCGCAGAUCCGUGCCGCCACAACUUCGUCGCACAGCACCAAGCUGGCGCAGGAAAGGAUGGAGAGUGGGUCGCUCAAGUCACAGUGCUUGGGCCAGUCAGCGCGGAAGCAUACACGCUGCCUGAUGAAGCGGGGCAGCCGGCGGUGCGGACUGAUCAGGUUGAGGAAAAGUGGCAGCUGCUGAGCUUGUACACCUUGCCGGAACAUCGGGGAAAGGGUGUAGGGAAGGCUCUUUGCAAGGAAGUUGUCAAGUGGCUGAAGGAGAGGGAGACCGGUGAGGAAGGGACUGCAAAAGAGGUCCGGGUCCGGCUUAUGAUCAAGCCUGACAACACUGGUGCGGUGAGAUUGUAUGAGGGACUUGGAUUCGAGCAUUCGGGGACGUGUACGUUGGCGGAGGCUUUGAAAACGAAUGAAGACGGCGAUAGUGUGCCUGCUGAUGGAGGCGGUGAAAAGUAUCAGAGAAGGUCGGGCUACAUUAUGACAUUACACUUCGAAAGGUAA